GCGUGCCUUAAUUGUGGUUGGCUGCGGCCAGAUUAGCUCUCUGUUUGGGUUUUUAGUCAAACCGAGCUCAAAACGAUUCAACAGCUCCCAAGUGGACUGUAAUGUUCAUGUCUUCAUGAGAUCCCAGCGAAGAUACGAGUACAAACGGUGAUGCACAAUUUAUAACAACUCUGUUUGGAUUUCUUGAAAGUUCAGUUUAUCUCGAAAUAAUCCGAAUUUUCCAAUCCUUCCUAAUGUAAAUAAUUGGCCAUCUCUGAUAACAACUUGCAAAGUUGUUACUAAUCCGUCUGAACGGUGGCAGCAGAACGGCGUGCCGCGUGCCAAAUGCGUAAUAUUUUAUGCAUAACGCAGUGUAACAAGUUUGGUCCUUGAAAUAAGUUCCACCGCGAACAUUGAUCUGUCAUACUCAUACUUGAUUACGACUUUAUUUAUCGGAUAUUCCUCAUCGUGAAUUAAUCAUAAAUAUUGGAAUUUUAUGGCUAUAUUGCCCGGGCAAUAAACCACCCUAUUUUUACACUCGGAGACGCUUAAACUAAAUUAAUAAUCGCAACCUGACUAAUUCAUUUGUAUGGGUAUGCUCGAUUGCUCCUGCGCGGAUUCGACUUUCGACUGAGUUUCGAGGCGUGUUGCGACGUACGGCGGCGUAGCCUCUGACUUUCCGUGACCGGUGCCUUUUCCCAAGCAGUGAUGCAAGUGUUGGUAAUCCCGAUAAAUCUUAUCGAUCGUACACGUAUUCGCUCGAUCGGCUGUGUCAGGAUGCUGCACGUCAUGAUGUAGCGCGGCGACGAAGCGCGGGCUGACUGUUUGUGAAGUCGUACUCUGUGUUGCGGGAAUUGAAUCAGGAGUGGACCGAACAAUUAAAAGAUUACAAACUAAAGCAGGAAAUGGCCCCAAUGUGUUUAUGUACUGAGUUGAUUAGUCGUUUCCCCAGUCACCAACGCAGAGGGAACACCAACCGGAUGUUGUGUGGACGGAGAAUUGGUUCUUUUCACCAAUUUUUACUGCGCAUUUCUCUUGGAUGUGGAUGCUAAAUGAACAUUGCGGAUUGUUGGAAUAUCAUGAAAUUGCGGCGGGUCGGAUGGCUGGCGUUGUUUUUGAUUGUUGGAGUAUUUGUGAUCUCGAUUUACCUGAAUCGCGGCGGAAUAAGCGAUGUCCAUGGUGAAGCGUAUCCGUAUCCGGCGGAAGCCGUGCCAGUCGCACCACAAAACGGACAGCGUACGCAAUCUACGCCGGAAGUGGAUCAAAAAUCAGGCGAGCAGCGGCACAGUUCAGCCAUUGGCGAGGACAGCCAGCAUCCUGUUGAUAAGGACGCAUUAGUUGGUGCAGCUCACCGACCUGGAAAAGAUGAAAGCCAGCGGGGGAAGUGCCAAUUGGUAGAGAUCGCCAUUGUAUCAGCCGGAUACAACAGCACCCGCACGGCAACGACCCUCAUAAAAAGCUUGCUCUUCUACCGGAGUAGUGCCAUUCAUCUGCACUUGAUUGUCGAUGCGCCAGCUCAGCAGAUUUGGGCAAAAUUAUUCGAAACGUGGGAAAUAGCAAAUUGGACGGCCAGCUAUUACUUGACCGAUGGAUUAAAACCUUAUGUUUCAUGGAUUCCCAACAAGCAUUAUUCGGGUAUUUACGGUCUUAUGAAGCUUGUCCUCCCACAAAUCCUCCCCGAUCAUCUCCAUAAAGUGAUCGUAUUGGACACCGAUAUCAUAUUCGCAUCGGAUGUGACCGAGUUAUGGGAACUGUUUCGACGCUUUAAUAAGCAGCAGGCGAUCGGCCUGGUGGAGAAUCAGAGCGAUUGGUAUCUGGGUGGAAUAUGGAAGAAUUACAAAGCAUGGCCGGCAACUGGUCGUGGCUACAAUACGGGGGUAAUUUUGAUGGAUCUGCCUAAACUGCGUCAGAUCCACUGGAUGGAGAAAUGGAAGACUGUGACGGAACGCGAACUGCCGAUUAUGCAAGCCACAGCAUUGGCCGAUCAGGAUAUUUUUAACGCUGUCCUGAAAGAGAACACCGAACUGGUUUACGUGUUGCCGUGUGAAUGGAACGCACAACUGUCCGAUCAUUCAAAAAGCCGUGAACUGUGUGUGAACAGUGACAGUCUGACAGGUUUUAAGAUUAUUCACUGGAAUUCACCAAAGAAAAUGCAGGUCAAACAUCGACUGGGACGCUACUAUAAGAAUGAUUACUUGACAUUUGUGGCACACGAUGGGAAUUUGCUACGGCGUGGCGUGUUGGGCUGCACUCCAGCUAAUUCGCUCGUUCAGGAAUCGGAAAUGUCAUCGGAUACAUACGAUGAAUACUGCUACGAUUUUGAACGAUUGGCGGAAAUGAAAUUCCGUACACAUUUGUACUUUACGGAAUAUGAUUACGAGCCAACGGGUGAUACGGAUGUUACAUUGGUGGCCCAAUUGUCCUUCGAUCGUCUGCAAAUGUUGGAGUCAUUAUGCCAGCACUGGAGCGGACCAAUGAGUUUGGCUUUAUAUGUGUCCGAUCCAGAAGCACAGCAGUUUGCCGAUUUUGUGUACGAUUCCGACGUUUUAUCUGCUCGGCGUAAUGUGGGCUUUCACGUGGUUUACAAAGACGGGACAGUCUAUCCGGUCAACUAUUUGCGCAACGUGGCGCUCAGUCAGGCCCGGACGGGGUUUGUCUUUCUCAGUGAUAUUGAUUUCUUGCCCAUGUUGGAUCUGUACGAACGACUAAAGGGAAGCAUCAUUCCCGCGCAUCUCCUCCACCCUGCCACGCAGGAGGGCCAUGACCUUAGUGUGCAGCACGCCAAGGCAUUAAUUGUUCCAGCUUUCGAAACUCAGCGCUACCGCGUAUCGGUUCCGUCCAACAAAAGCGAGCUUGCUCAGAUGGUAAAAACCGGUGAUAUUGUGUCAUUCCGCUGGGAUGUGUGGCCGAAGGGUCACGCUACAACCAACUAUUCCCGUUGGUUGGAGAGUAGUGUUCCUUAUACCGUCGAAUGGGAACCCGAUUACGAACCGUACAUUGUUGUCAGCCGGGACGUUCCGCGGUAUGAUCAACGCUUUGGCGGUUUCGGGUGGAAUAAAGUAUCGCACCUUAUGGAUCUGGCCGUGAAAGGAUAUGAACUGAUCGUUCUGCCAGAUGUGUUUAUUGUGCACAUGCCACAUGCGCCUAGCAUCGACAUUGCGAAAUUCCGCUCCAAAUCUAAGUAUCGCCGGUGCCUGAACAAACUCAAACAGGAUUUUGUCCGUGAUUUGGCCAAAAUAUACGGCAUGAAAGCCACAAAGUAUCUAAUUGACGACAAGAGAUAACACUGGCUUUGUCGGCUGGGCACUCAGCGCUAAGCCAUAGGUUUUGACCAAAACGUGGACAACUGGCGGUCAACACGAAACAACGAUAAUUUGGCUUCCUGACUUGACCAAAACCAUUUUGUACCGCAAUCUCCUUUGGUCGGCAGCUAUUGGAGUGCAUUCACGUGAUAAUGGGUGGAUGAAAGCAGACAGAUAGUUUGUCUUUUUUAGAAAUGAUCUCUAUUUGUUUUGCAGCUGAUUUUCGUUUGUCCGCUUGCCGGGUAGUUUUUUAAUUAUGAAUUUUGAAGUCUCGGUGAUGUAUUUUUUGGUUGGUUUUAGAAGAGAUUUUUAGAAUAUUGGUUUUUUUGCAAUGGAAUAAAAUUACUUGCUGAAA